UGAAGCCGCGGUCUGAGAGUCCGGUCCUCCUGCCCCGGGCAGUGGCCUCCCCCGGUAUCCGCCUCCAUCCGGAGCCCGGGAUUAACAGUGGCCAGGGGCAGCAUGGCGGGAGCUAGUGGAGGCAAUGAUAUUCAGUGGUGUUUUUCUCAGGUCAAAGGAGCAGUGGAGGAUGAUAUAUCUGAAGCUGAUAUUAUUUCUACGGUAGAAUUCAAUCACUCUGGCGAGUUGCUUGCUACAGGAGAUAAAGGAGGAAGAGUGGUCAUUUUCCAGCAAGAGAGUAAAAGCCCUUAUCACCGGGGGGAAUAUAGUGUUUACAGCACCUUCCAGAGCCACGAGCCAGAAUUUGAUUACUUGAAAAGUUUAGAAAUAGAAGAAAAGAUCAACAAGAUCCGGUGGCUACCGCAAAAGAAUGCAGCACAGUUCCUGUUGUCUACGAAUGAUAAGACUAUUAAACUGUGGAAAAUCAGUGAACGUGACAAGAGGCCAGAGGGUUACAACCUAAAGGAAGAAAAUGGGAGGUAUAGGGAUCCAACCACUGUGACCACACUAAGGGUGCCGGUUUUCCGCCCCAUGGACUUGAUGGUUGAAGCGAGUCCGCGACGGAUAUUCGCCAAUGCCCACACGUAUCACAUCAACUCCAUCUCUGUCAACAGUGACUAUGAGACCUACCUAUCAGCGGAUGACCUAAGAGUCAACUUGUGGCACUUGGAAAUAACGGAUCGGAGCUUUAAUAUUGUAGAUAUUAAACCUGCCAACAUGGAGGAGCUGACGGAAGUCAUCACUGCUGCAGAGUUCCACCCUCACCACUGUAACACUUUUGUAUACAGCAGCAGCAAGGGCACUAUCCGCCUUUGUGACAUGCGCGAGUCAGCGUUGUGCGAUCGCCACUCCAAGUUAUUUGAGGAGCCAGAGGAUCCCAGCAAUAGGUCAUUCUUCUCAGAGAUCAUCUCUUCCAUAUCUGAUGUGAAAUUCAGCCACAACGGUCGCUAUAUGAUGACUAGGGACUAUCUGUCAGUCAAGAUCUGGGAUCUGAAUAUGGAAAGCAGGCCCGUGGAAACAUAUCAGGUACAUGAAUACCUCAGGAGUAAGCUCUGCUCCUUAUAUGAAAAUGACUGCAUCUUCGACAAGUUCGAGUGCUGUUGGAAUGGGCCAGACAACGUUGUCAUGACUGGCUCAUACAACAACUUCUUCCGGAUGUUUGACCGCAACACCAAACGUGACAUCACCCUGGAGGCGUCGCGGGAGAAUAGCAAACCUCGCACGGUGCUGAAACCCCGAAAGGUGUGCGCCAGCGGCAAGCGGAAGAAGGACGAGAUCACGGUGGACAGUCUUGAUUUCAACAAGAAGAUCUUGCACACGGCCUGGCACCCUAAGGAGAACAUCAUCGCAGUGGCUACUACCAAUAACCUGUACAUAUUCCAGGACCGAGUCAAUUAGCACUUGUAACGGGACAGCCCCUAGUUCCAAUAGUCGAGCCUAGAAUUCAUAACCCUGUUUCAAAUCCGAGGAAAAUUUCCAACAGUACGGAAACGUUUUUUUCCAGUCCCUCCUGGUCUGACUUUUUCCAGUGUUUAAGGUGCCAUUGAUAUUCUUUUUAUAGCUGCGCGGGGAAAAUCCCCUGCAACUGUCAUUUUCUUGCCCAGCUGGAGUAACACUGGGUUUACUGUAUCUUUAUUUUUUUUCUUUUUAACCAUCUCGCCUGACUUGUAGAUUUAAUGUUUUUUUUAUUAUUAUUUUGUGAUGUCAAAUGCAGUAAAGGCCUUUACAGUCUAGGAUUGUACCUGUAGGGCGGAGUACGGUUACCCCCUACAGUACUAAUGAAAUGAAUUUUGUAACCUUGUUAUAUUUUUUUCCCGUACAAAGGUGUCUGUUUAUUUUUUUAUCCACUCUAGAUUUUUUUUCAUUUUACAGCUGGCAUCAAGUUCAUUUGCCACCCCCUUUUCUGUCCCCUCUCUCUCGCUGUUCUACUUUUGUUUGUCUCCUGCCCUUUCCCUCCCUGCCCUGCACCGGUAUAAAUCCAACCGCUAUACAGCACACAGGGAAAUGGUUUGACCUCGGCAGGAUUGGUGGGAGGGAAGGUCUGUGGCAGAAAGUUGUCUCGGUCACACUUUUUAAAGACAACCUGACUGUAAUCACUUCUUGCCUUUUUUGCCACUGAAGGGGGUGGGACAAAAGGAUAUAAGGAGAAAACAAAAAUAAUAAAAAGCCAAAAAAGGAAGGAUAAAAACUACUGAAUAAAAACCAUGGAGAAAUGU